AAAGUUUAAAUGUUCAACAUCGACAGACGACACAGCAGAGGGCGAGGCACCGCAAAGGCAUAGCGUCGAGCAAGUUGGGCACUAAGGCGUCGCGUUGAACAAAACAAGAAGUUAAAUAGAAAAACAUAGUGCAACCAAAUACAUAAAUAUUCCAGUCCAGUCCAGCGUGGAAUGGUGAAAGUCACUGGCAUUUUCAGUCCAACAACGAAUGCGCCGAAACAACAAAAGCACGAAGAACAAGAAAACUGCAAAUAAACAACAUCAACAAACAACCAUUUGAGAGGGCAGCGGCGCAAUUCUUCUAUCUCUUCCACCAAGCCGCCAACUGCUCACUACCUAUUUCAACAGCCACAGCGGUAACAGAAACAUGAAUAAAGCCAGCAAGCAUAUACAGAGUGGUAUCGGGGUGACUACAUCACCCACCGCCGUCAAUGCAGUCGGCGCACUAUCUACACAAAAGAAUGUCAUCAAUUCCAUAAUGAGUUUUUUGCCCGACAAUCGGCCCAUAACAUCGUUGCAAAUUGUUGAGGAUUAUGAAAAAUGCCCAAAGAAUUUCACACCCGUACAUCGUACAUACGAUCAAGAUGCCGAUGCCGAUUUAUGGCGUGAAAAUAAUAUACUCUUUGGCCGCCAAACCACACGCUAUUUAUGCUUAUCGAAGACUGAGGGUUUGCCCGAGUACGUAGUGGAGACGCUCAAAUAGGCGGAUAUGUACUUU